AUGAUAGGAGGGCUAGUGAUGAUAGGAGGGCUAGCGAUAAAUGGACAUGGAGCGGAGGCCUUGGAGCUAUUUGGCCAGAUGGAGAGGGACGCCGUGAAGCCUAAUGAGGUCACUUUCAUUGGUGUCCUGUGCGCUUGCAGCCAUGGUGGUCUGGUGGAGCAAGCAAGGCAGUGCUUUGAUUCAAUGAGGGCGGUUUAUGGGCUCAAGCCACAAAUCGAGCACUAUGGUUGUAUGGUUGAUGUGCUGGGGCGAGUUGGAUUCUUGGAGGAGGCUGUUUUUCUGGUGCAGUCCAUGGCGAACGACAAUGCUGUACUGUGGGGGAGUCUGCUCAGUGCAUGUUUGAUCCACGGGAAUGCCAAGCUAGGGGAAUACGUGGUUGAUCGCCUUGUUGAGCUUACGCCCGAUGAUGGUGGUGUCUUUGUGCUGUUGUCGAACAUCUAUGCUGCUAGAGGGAGAAGAGAUCAGCUCAGUUUGGUACCAAGGAAGAAGACGAGCAAAACCUGGGUCAUCACCUUUGUUAGAAGAGACAACGCUGUGCUGUGGGGGAGUCUGCUCAGUGCAUGCUUGAUCCACGGGAAUAUCAAGCUAGGGGAAUACGCGUUCGAUCGCCUUGUUGAGCUUAGGCCUGAUGAUGGUGGUGUUUAUGUGCUGUUGUCGAACAUCUAUGCUGCUAGAGGGAGACAGGAUGAUGCUAGAAGGACACGAAUGCUUAAAUUAAGGGGUCUCAAGAAGAUUUUAGGUUGCAGCUUCAUUGGGGUGUUCAUGGGAUCGUUCACAAAUUCUAUGUUGGAGAAUGCAACAGAAAUAUAUGACAUAUCAGAAGAGAUCAGCUCAGUUUGGCACCAAGGAAGAAGACGAGCAAAACCUGGGUCAUCACAGUGA